AAGAACGGUCUAUGAGAAUUGGUAGCUGCAUAUGGCGCGAAAAAGUUUUCACUCUGCGUGGUAAUCUGGUAAAUUAUGUUUCUUUGCUCUUUGCCUAACUGGAUAUCUGUUGAUUCCUUAAGCCCCACGAGUUGAUGCCAUUUGAUAGAGAAGAAAGCAUUGCCUGCAAUCUCUCAAGAUAAGAAGUCCAGGAAUUAUUUAUGGUUCCCUCUUCUGUUUCAGAUGACGGAAAUGGAUGUCUGGGUGGAACCAAUUUUCUGUUGAAACCAGGACUCUGAAAACCAGAAAGCAAAAGAACUAUCCUGCAUUGUUGUGAUAUGCUUUCACGCCGAAUUUUGUCUAGCAUGUUACUUUUUCAGUUCAUCGUCUUUUUUCCCAAAAUUGUUCAGUGUAUAAUAUUUAGAUUAUGCUUCUAGAAGAUAUAUUUCUACCGGGUCUAUGUUUAUUGCCUGCCUUCUGAUUUCUUUCCUUGUAUUCUUCAAAUUCCUAAAUCCUGUACUUGACCAUACUUUUGCUGGGAAUGUUUAAAUAUUGAACAACUAACCUAUUUGGCUCUAAAGUAUGAUUAACAACUGAUUUUUUUAUAAUUUAUAUCUGCCCUUAAUCUUCAGAAUUAAAUCAGUGGAGAUGGCAUUAAUUACUCUUAUAAUAUCUAUCUACUAGUCUUGAAUUAGUCUUAUCAUAUCUACUGCAAAACUGUCAGUUCACAAAAUGAAUUUCAUCAAGUUACGGAUUUCAGACCAAAUUGUUGCUUUCAGCUAAGGUGUAAGUUGUUGUACAAACUAUCACCUUAGGCUUGUUGUCCAUCCUAGCAUAGGUGGCAAAUUGAUGUGUCUACUGAUGGAAUUCUUUGUUUUGAUUGUGUUUAAUGAUGCAAGAUGGGUAUCUGGUCUACUGUUAAAAAUCAUGAGAUGUCAUUCUUUUGAAAUCAAUGAGUCAAAGUUCUCCCCUGUUAAAACGCAUGAAAGAUGUAUUGGAGCUAAGACAGUACGAGAUCAGGCCAUUCAGCAAGUGAAUUGAGAGUAUCAGUGAGCUAUUCUCUGUACUUUUCAAUGUAGGUUUGUCAAGCAUCAGCCGCCAACGAAAGCCACUCUGAUUUUGAAGUAACAUAAUCUGCUUCAGGUUUAUUUGUCAUCGGCGAAGUGCUUUUGUGCCUCUUGCUGCAGAAGGAACCUGUAAAACUUCCUAGCUGUAUAUUUGUUUGCAGUUGACACAACUGACAACAGAAAUAUAGAAGCAAUAAAUGGAUCUGCCCCAGUGAGCUAUGCUGCUUUUUGAACAAGUAUAGCAAGUGGCGAAUCGGAGCUCUAUGGAAUUCUUACAUAUAUCAAGUAUGAAAUGAUCUGGAUUUUGCAACCCUAAGCUCAGCAAGAGGUGCCGAAAGGAUAAUGUCUUUGAUUGGCUUAAGACUGCUCAUAUCUGUAACAUAGAUAUUUGGUGAGGUAUGAAGCGUAGGAUGAAAUAUAUGAACUGCCAAAAUCUAAACCCUGGACAAUAUAUCUUGGCUUCCAUUGGGUUUGAUGUACAUCGGUAAAUGGCUAUGUGUCUGCGUCAACUCUCCAAAGAAUGCAUCACUUGAUUUCUCCUCCAUUGUCAUGAUGAUCUAGCAGCAUGUUUGGAGAGAAAGAAUUGACAGGAUCUUCGAUCUGAAGGCAGUGAACUUAAUGGCAAUCUGUGAUCGCAUCUUAGAGGAGAUAUACACAUAAACCUGCAUUUGGCUAAGUUUGAAAGAUGGAAACCAGGGUGCAAGUCUGUGGGCUGUGGGCCGGGCACACGACCACCAGCUGCUAUUUCUUGUGGACUGCUUUAGUAGCCGCAUGUUCCCGAUAUGAACUUUAUGUAAUAUCAGUCACAGGGUGAAACUUCAGGUGACAAGGCUGGCGAAUCAUCAAGGUGCGAGAUACAUCAUGCGCUCAAGUUUUGUGUGCCAAGUGGUUCCCAGGACCAAAUCCUCACUCUGUUCAAAUAUCGGCAUGACGAGGACCACGGGAACAUCCUCUGCUGCAAAAGUUUGACGAAUCGAUCUUGUGCCCCACGUUUCAGUCACUGCCUCCAUGAGCACGGCAACUCGCCAACUUCAGUAGGGAGAUUGGCACUGGCAUGACUACUUGACUGUCGGGUAACACCCUCCAGGCAACCAUGGACCAGACCAGGCUGCAGUUAAUAUGCAAUUGCAAAUGCCCUGAUUUCUUGCUGGGAGUAUUUGCCAGAUACAUAAUGUAACAAAUACUCCAAUCUUCUAAUUGCCGCCAUUUCAGCCAAGGAAUGACCAUCCUUUAAACAGAAGAGAAGAGAAGAAAGGAAUGACCAUCCUUUAAACAGACUGUAAAACAAUGUAAUCUUGUAGAAAUUCGACCCCCCAAACUAACCCAUUGGAGAUUACUCCAUUUCUUUACGUGGUGCAGAAUUUUAAAGUGUGCUCUAAAUUGUACUACAUCAUACCAAUGACCCGACCUGGGUAAAACACUAACUAAAAAAUAAGCAGCAUAUUCUACCUUCUUUUGUUGUUGAGAAAACGCAAAAGCUUUAUUUUUCAUUCCAUUGAGAAGGUAGAAGAGACACAGUACACACACCCAAACGGGCAGGGAAGAACGUUACACAGCGCAACAAAUUAUUAUGUAACUACAUUUGUGCCAACAUUACAAACUACUACGAGACAUGGUAUACCGGCAGAAAGCUUCAAAAUUACUAGCAAACAGGAUUCUUUUAGCAUCUAUGCCAUUUGGCUAGUGACCUCAGUCGUAGAACUGAACAAUUUGGCUAGCAACAGAAAUAACCUCAAAAAGAAAAAAAAAUCUAUUAGGAUGGCAAACUUCACCCACAAUGAUGUUUGAGAAUCAAUUAGUAUAACCAAAAAGAAAUAGCAUUGCAUAACAUUGAAAAGAGAUUGAUGAGCAAGGGCACAAUUCAAAACCUCGUUUAUGUCAUGGUUUGAUAUGAUAUAACUGAAAAGAUGGGCACAAAAUGUUGAACAAAAUAAAAGGCGCAUUGGAUCUUGUUUUCCGAUACAUAAAAAUGCCAGCUCCAAAUUAUGAGGCACCCGUCGUGGUUAUCACAAGUAUCCAUCAAAAGAAAAAAUAGCUGAUUAAAUGAAGAACAUGCCGGUAGCCAACAGCAUUCCACUAGAUAAUAGCUUCAGCGUGCAAUUAUGUCAAGAUCCACCACCAAACUAUGCCCCUCUUAAUUUGUCAUUGCUGCCAAUAAGUGGAACAUGACAAUGUGAUGGUUCUUCUCGAGGACACCAGGCACAAUAAAAAAAUGUAGCAGACAUGAGACGACUUUAGUGUUUUGAUCUCUAUGCUUCUGGCAGAUCUCAAGGCACAGCAGACAGCAUCUGGGAGAUCUAAUGGCAUGAUUCUUCAUGUCUACCACUCAGAUGCUACAAUACAGCUGUAAACAUACCUUCUGUAUAAAUAGGCGUCACCAGAAUGGUAGAAACAUAAGCUAUAAGCUCUUCUUUUCUGCUCCUCUCCUCGACCACAAAAUAGAGAAAAGCUUCAAGAUCAGACAUGGCUUUCCACGUUCCACCUAAGAUCGAUAAGUUUGCCUUCUAGGCCUCACCCCACCGAGACCGAGAUUGAAGAACAGAUGUUGAGCCUAGAGGCAAGCAUCUGUUCCUCCACGACCAUCGGCAUGAUGUGCGAGGGUCUGAGGAGGCUUGGAAACAUCUAUAAUGGCGUCGAAGAGAUCAUCUGCCUUCCAAGCAGCCAAGUCUGUGCCUACCAGCAGAGGACGGUGUUGGAUGGAGAAAUGGACGGUUCUCUUGAGCUGCUAGAUCUAUGUGGCACCAUGCAAGAGAUCUUCGCCGAGAUGAAGGCCAUCAUCCAAGAGCUGCAACUGUCUCUAAGGAAAGGGGAUGAUGCGACUGCUCAAGCCAGUAUCCAAUCUUACACCCGCUUGGCGAAGAAGGCCAAGAAUCAUUUCAAGAAGACCACGAAGAAGAUUUCGGCAGAUUGCGGGAUGGUCAUGCUCUUGGCCAAGGCCAGAGAGAUCUCUGUCUCUCUGCUGGAGUCCACACUCCAUCUCUUGUCGAAGCAAAUUGAAAUGCCUAAACAGUCUCUUGUUUCCAAGGCAUUUCACAAAAAGAAGUCAGUUGUUUGCAAGGAGGAGCAAUUGUUGGGGUUAGAGUGCAGUAUCGGAGAUCUUGAGAGCGGAGCAGGACAUCUGUUCAGGAAAUUAGUCCAGAGCAGAGUUUCUCUACUCAACAUCCUUAGCUCAUAGAUACUUCCAGGACAC